ACGACCAACCGAAAAAGCUGGCUCAUUAUAAACGCAGGUCCCUCUCUUCUUUCUUUUCCUCCUUCCGCAUAAGAAGUAUCGACACACUAUAACAAACAACCAAACAGAGCCUCUGCUCUGACGAUCUCCCCGAUGCUUCACUUCUCCCUCAUUUUUGCUUAAAUUAAAAUUUAUAUUCUUCUCUCUCUUUCCUCAGAUUUUGCCUCUUCCUCUUCCUUUCACUUACCCUUCUUUAGAUCAUCUCUGGCUCUACAGCUUCUACUGCUUUGCUUUUGCUUUUGGAUCCCAAUUUCUCUGUCAAUUUCUGACUUAAUUGCGUUUGAAGCUAAAUUUGGACAGUUUGAAAAUCUAAUUGGCAGAUUCGAUUGUAAAAUUUUGGAGCUAAUAAGUGUUAGAUUAGGAGAAUGGCUUCUAUAUCGCAUUCCCCAUCUGCAUUUCGUGGAACUUCAGCUUCAGAUCUUCUUAGGAGCUCCAGCAAUGGAGUUUCUGGUAUCCCUUUGAGGACAUUGGGAAGAGCACGAUUUAGCUCCAAGACGAAGGAUUUUGCAGUGAUUGCUAAGAUUAGGAAGGUGAAGAAGCAAGAAUAUCCUUGGCCAGAUAAUCCGGAUCCAAAUGUAGCAGGAGGAGUGCUCUCUCAUCUUUCGCCUUUUAAGCCUUUAAAAGAGAAGCCAAAGCCAGUUACUUUGGAUUUUGAAAAGCCACUUAUUGGUUUAGAGAAGAAGAUUAUCGAUGUGCGGAAGAUGGCAAAUGAAACUGGUUUAGACUUCACUGAUCAGAUUAUUUCACUAGAGAAUAAAUAUCAACAGGCUCUAAAGGAUUUGUAUACACAUUUGACCCCGAUACAACGUGUGAAUAUUGCACGGCACCCUAACAGGCCCACUUUCCUUGAUCAUGUAUUUAGCAUUACCGAUAAGUUUGUGGAACUUCACGGAGAUCGAGCGGGUUAUGAUGAUCCUGCUAUCGUUACUGGUAUAGGAACCAUAGAUGGUAGAAGAUACAUGUUCAUGGGUCACCAGAAGGGUAGAAACACCAAAGAGAACAUUAUGCGCAAUUUUGGGAUGCCUACUCCCCACGGAUACCGGAAGGCUCUAAGGAUGAUGUAUUACGCAGACCACCAUGGAUUUCCUAUAGUUACUUUUAUUGACACACCCGGGGCAUUUGCAGACCUCAAAUCUGAAGAACUAGGCCAGGGUGAAGCAAUUGCCCAUAAUUUGAGGACAAUGUUUGGUUUAAAGGUACCAAUUGUGUCGAUUGUUAUUGGGGAAGGUGGCUCUGGUGGUGCUCUGGCCAUUGGCUGUGCUAAUAAAUUGUUAAUGCUUGAAAAUGCAGUUUUCUAUGUUGCCAGUCCUGAAGCAUGUGCAGCAAUUUUAUGGAAGAGUGCCAAAGCUUCUCCAAAGGCGGCUGAAAAAUUGAAGAUCACUGCUACUGAGUUGUGCAAGUUGCAAAUUGCAGAUGGUGUCAUUCCUGAGCCAUUAGGUGGCGCACAUGCAGAUCCAUCAUGGACCUCACAACAGAUAAAGAAUGCAAUUAAGGAAUCUAUGGAUGAGCUGACAAAGAUGGAUACAGAGGAGCUGCUAAAACAUCGUAUGCUUAAGUUCCGAAAAAUAGGUGGAUUUCAAGAGGGAAUCCCAAUUGAUCCUAAAAGAAAAAUCAACAUGAAAAAGAAAGAAGAGCCGGUUGCUGGAAAGACUCCAGUGCUAGAGUUGGAGGGUGAGGUUGAGAAACUGAAACAGCAAAUUUCAAAAGCCAAGGAAUCAUCAAGCAAGCCUCCGGAGUUGGCUUUAAAUGAGAUGAUUGAAAAACUUAAAAGAGAGAUUGACCUUGAAUUUUCUGAAGCCGUUAAAGCCAUGGGCUUUAAGGACAGGUUUGCGACCUUGCGAGAAGAGUUUCUGAAAGCAAAUUCACAGGACCAACUUAUGCAUCCAGGUCUAAUGGACAAAAUUGAAAAACUUAAGAAUGAAUUUACUCAAGGCCUCUCUGCAGCUCCUAACUUUCCAAGUCUGAAGUACAAACUUGAUAUGUUGAAGGAGUUUUCUAAAGCCAAGAACAUCUCAGAAAAGAAUAGUAAAGGUUUGACAUUGAAGCAGGAAAUCAAUAAGAAACUUAAAGAGGUCAUGGAUCAACCUGAUAUGAAGGAAAAAAUGGAAGCAUUAGAGGCUGAAGUUCUAAGAUCAGGAGCUUACAAUGAAGGGGAAUUAGAUGAAGAGACGAGGGAGAGAAUUAUGAGUAUGAGAAGGGAGAUAGAGUUGGAACUGGCAAAUGUUUUCAAGUCCUUGGGUUUGGAGGUUGAGAUUGUGAAGUCAAAAGCAAAAGAACUUGGUGAGCAGACUCCAUUGCUAGACUUCAAGGCUAAGGUGGAAAAUUUGAAGGAACAAACUAACAAGAAAAUUGAAGGUCUAAUAAAUUCAUCAGAUCUUAAAAACAUGAUUGAGUUGCUGAAGUUGGAGGUAGCAAAGGCAGGAAAUAAACCUGAUGUGACUUCGAAAAACAAAAUCGAGGCUCUGGAACACCAGAUAAAGCAAAGGCUCUCAUCAGCUAUUAACUCAACAGAGUUAAAGGAAAAACAUGAAGAGCUGAAGGUGGAAAUUUCUGAAGCAGCGGAAUUUGCUGCGGGAUUAGAUGGAAGUCUGAAAAAUGAUGAUUCAAGGGAAGGGGUUUCUAAACAUGAUGAGUCAAGAGUAGAGAUUAAUUUGGGCGCAAACCGCACCUUUGCUUAGAUAUUUGUAGGUAAACUACCAGUGAAAAUGGCGUAGAAACAGUCGAGCAGUAUUUGAUUUAAGCAGUUCAUUAAGCACCUCUGGUCAGAAUAUACUCUUCAUCAUUGUGCUUUUACACUACCACCGACGAUGCACUCUUGCCUGAGUGAAACGAGGCUUUGCUUCUAUGGACACGAGAAUUGCAAGGCCUUAUAUCGUUUUUAAAUUAGCUGAAACAUUUUUUUUUUUUUCAAAUUGAGCUUUAUUAAUUUUAUCAGUUUCCACCUAACUUUUUAAUUUUCCUUGUUUUAAGUUUUGUGCUAAAAUGUCUCUUUCUAUUUAUAAACAGAAGAAUUUGUGUAAAUUAUGAGUGCAAUAGCAUACUUUACCAUCAGGAAUAACACACUCGUCUUUAAACUUUUAAUUGA